UAUUUGUGUUUAUCGUCGUUGCCGGCCGCAUUUCACUUUGACAAUUUAACUAAACGAUUACGAAAUAAAUAACCUUUAAAAUAAUGAAUCUCCGUCAGUUUCAAAGCAUUACGAAGCAGGCUUUCAGGUGCUAUACAACUCGUGCCCGUGUCCUAGCUCCAGCCAUUGAGUUGAGCCAAAUUCAGAGACAGAAUCUUCGCUACUGUGCCCUAAUCUUGCCAGUUGGCUGUGCGGCAACUGCAUCCCAGUUCUCUACAACAGCUGCCCUCGACAUGUCGUCCGGUGGUGAUUACAAGAAUGCUACCUCAAUUUAUGAGUUCACUGUAAAGGAUACUCAUGGCAAUGAUGUUUCUCUGGAUAAAUAUAAGGGCAAAGUCUUGCUUGUGGUGAACAUCGCCUCCAAAUGUGGCUUGACCAAGAACAAUUACAAGAAAUUGACCGAUCUUAAGGAGAAAUAUGGUGAACGUGGCCUGGUCAUAUUGAAUUUCCCAUGCAAUCAGUUCAACUCACAAAUGCCAGAGGCAGAUGGUGAGGCUAUGGUCUGUCAUUUGAGGGAUUCCAAAGCUGAUAUUGGCGAGUUAUUUGCCAAGAUUGAUGUCAAUGGUGACAAUGCCGAUCCCCUUUACAAGUAUUUGAAGUCGAAACAGACUGGAACCCUUGGCAGCGGCAUUAAAUGGAAUUUCACCAAGUUUCUGAUCAAUAAGGAGGGUAUUCCAGUCAACCGAUAUGCCCCUACCACCGAUCCCAUGGACAUUAGCAAGGAUAUUGAGGCCUUAUUGUAGAUUUCAAUUACCUAAUUAGACUGUAGCUUGUAAUGGGCACAUGCAGAGCAUGUUUAUAUAUUUUACCUUAUUUAAUCUAUUCACUGUUCAACACCACAAUACAUAAAUAAAUACAAA